GGUUCCCGCUCGCCGUUCGUGCCCUCGGUCCUGCCCCCGCCCCAUCCCCCGCCUCCGCCAUGGGCCUGGAGCUCUACCUGGACCUGCUGUCCCAGCCCUGCCGCGCCGUCUACAUCUUCGCCAAGAAGAACGGCAUCCCCUUCGAGCUGCGCAAGGUGGACCUGCUCAAAGGCCAGCAGCACAGCGAUGACUUUGCCCAGGUGAACCCCCUGAGGAAGGUGCCAGCCUUGAAGGAUGGGGACUUCACCUUGGCUGAGAGUGUGGCCAUCCUGCUGUAUCUGACCCGAAAGUAUGAGGCCCCUGCCCACUGGUACCCCCAGGACCUGCAGGCCCGAGCCCGUGUGGACGAGUACCUGGCGUGGCAGCACACGGCGCUGCGGACCAGCUGCACCCGGGCCAUGUGGCAGAAGAUGUUGUUCCCUGUGUUCCUGGGCCAGCGAGUUCCCCCUGAGACCCUGGCAUCUACUCUGGCCGAGCUGGACAGAUGUCUGCAGCUGCUUGAGGACAAGUUCCUGAAGGACCAGGACUUCCUGGCUGGGCCCCACAUCUCAGUGGCGGACUUGGUGGCCAUUACAGAGCUGAUGCACCCCGUCAGCGCUGGCUGCGACAUCUUCAAAAGCCGGCCUAAGCUGGCUGCGUGGCGCCAGCGCGUGGAAGCUGCGGUGGGGGAGGACCUCUUCCAGGAGGCCCAUGCGGUCAUCAUGAAGGCCAAGGACCUGCCUCCAGCAGACACUGCCGUGAAGGAGAAGUUGAAGCCCCUCAUUCAGCUUUUGUUGCAGUGAGUACGGGGCAGGCCUGCAGAACCACUGUAGAUGGAGCUCUGUCCUCAGAAUGAAGAGAUGGCGCUGCCUCCCCUCGGCUAUGAGAAAGACACGCUGCACAGGGUCCAGUCCACAGUGCCCCCCACACACCAGUCCUGCGUUCCUUCUUCCAUCUGUCUGCGAACUUCACCCUUGCCCCUUGCACACUGACUUCCAGGUGACCGCUGGAAAAAGCUUUAGUAAACAGAUGUGACUCUG